ACUGUUCAUUCAUUUUCAUCCCUGUAAGACUUUGGAAAAAACCAAUUAUUAUUCCAAGGAUUAUUUACUAAAUGAUAAUUUCUUCUUUUACGGUUGCUGAUGAUGACUCACCACUGAAGACAUUUAUCAGGAUAAACACUGCAGAUUUGAUACCAGACCCAAGCAGUACAGUUGACAUCUCUGAUACAGAUGAAAAAGAAGACAAUUUGGAGCUAAAAAGUACUGAUAAAAGCACUGAAGUAGUUUUAUAUAGCAGAGAAGAAAAGGAAGAAGAGAAAGUUGAGACGUCCAUUUCUCCAACUGAAGGCAAAGAAGAACGGAAUACAGUAGAGACAAUGGCCCGUGUUCUUUCCUCAGAAGCCACAGCUAUGUUGAAGGAUGAAAUUUUCGAAAAAAUCUUGUCUGAAAAAGAAAAAUUACCAACUGUCAGCAUGCUGGAUUUUGCUGGACAGUUAGCGUAUUAUGCCUGCCACCAAAUUUACGUAACACCAAAGGCCUUCUUUAUCCUUGUGUUGGACAUGACUAAGAGAUUUGAGGAUGUUGUGGAUAGAGAGAAAGACAAUCAAGAAGGAUCAAUCUUCUCCGUUUGGACUUACAAAGACUACUUGAAGUUUUGGAUAACCUCAAUUAAGACAUUUGGAGGCAGAAAGGCACCACUGUUUCUUGUUGCCACACACACGGAAUCAAAAUCUUCGGAUGAAAUAGAAAAGUAUUUUGGGGAGUUUUGGAAUGUUGUACCAGACGAGGACAGAGAUUGGUUAAGUGAGUCUCUGAAUGAUCGAGAAUAUGCAGUAGGUUUAAAGAAACUUAAUGAUAAUACCAAGAAAAACCUGGAGUCAAUGAAAAAGUCCAUAGUGGAAUUAUUUACAGAUAUUAAGAACAAUACAAAAGUUGAAUUGCCUUCUUCGUGGGCUCUAAUGGAGCAGUUAUUGUAUGAAGGAGGCUGGAAGGUUUUGUCCCUGAGUGAAAUCUGGAAGAUAAACUCAUCUCUCCCUAAUGAAUACCAAAUCAAAGGUGAUGGGGAGAUGUCAGAUUUUUUAAAAUGUUUCCAUGACAAUGGCCUUCUUUUGAACUUUGAAGAAGUGGAAUUGCGGGAACAUGUUAUACUAGACAUUCAGUGGUUUGCUAAUGCUUUCAGCAAGGUGAUUGCUGAUGAAAACCACAUCACUAAAGACUGUAAAAGAAAAUUAAUCAAAGAAUGGAAAUCAUUCAACAAAACAGGAGAACUAAAAGAUAAAGUGAUAGAUGCUUUGUGGAAAGAUGAACCCUCUUACGUCAAACAUAAAAGUGAAAUUAUGCCAUACAUGGAGAAACUUCAAAUGCUGGUACCUUUAAAGUCCUCUUGGGCUGUUUCAGAAGGUGGCAUGUCAUGGUAUGUCCCGUGUAUGAACAAAAAGCAGUUUGAAGCUGACUUCCGUGAAGAUAAAUGGGAAUGCUCAUCCAUUUUGUGCUUCAGAUUCACUUCCUUUGCCAUGUUUGUGUUCUACAGACUGGUAGCAUACUGCAUAAGUUCUCUUCGAUGGAGUGUUGCUAAAGAUGAAGACAAUGAAGGAAGCCUGUGUCUUUAUCAAACAGCAGCAGUGUUUGAUCACAAUUCACACACUGUUGUUGUUGGCAUAUCUAAUGACGAUAUUGAAUUGCAAGUGUUCAGAAUCAAACCAUUAACUGUAGACAAAGAAGUAUCAAAUGAAAUUGGGGACUCCAUUGAAAAAGCCAUAGAAAAAUUGACAGAAACAUUUAUUCACACAAAAAUAUUCCACAGAGGAUACAAAUGUCAAUUUGUUAUUUGUAAUGAGAAAGAUCUAUCUUUUACCCUAGCAAGUGAGCUGUCCACAAUCAAGGCAAAAGAAAUUCAGUGCGAGUGUCAACUUCGAGAGAAACAUGUGAUAAAUGUAGAAACCACUCUGGGAUUCUGGGAAAAGAGAGAGGCGAGUGAUUCAAGUACUCCUGUGGCCUCUGGACAAAACCUAGAAGGCCGAUCUAGAUUUGCAAAACUUGGCAUGGCCACAAACGAUGUGUUAAAUAAAGCAUACAGAGAUAUUCUAGAAUCAGAGAUUCCUGCAUCUGAUAUUGAGAACAAGAUGAAUUUAUUAUCAAACAGAAAGAGGAUGAAUAUGAAGCUUAACUCGGAUCAAGAAGAUCUUUUGAUUAAAGCAAAGAAUUCUGGAUACGAGGAAUUUGAUAUUUCAUUAACAUACAAGUUGAUAAGAAACAUUUGUUCAACGAUUCCUAAACCAACAAAAGGAAGAUGGGGAGAAGAGCCAACAGCAGGUGAGGUGACAGUGGGUGACGAUAUCGAAAGAAUAAGGUUUAUACGAAAUAGAUUGACUGCACAUGUGAGUUCAGCCUCCAUCUCUCAGACAGAAUUUGAUGACACCUGGUCAACGAUGUCAGAUGUCUGCCAAAGACUAGAAACCUUCACUGGAAAGAAGUACUUGGAUAGUCUUAAAGGGAUUCAGAAACUUGCUCUAAAAGAGGAAGGGGAAGAUGCUAUAAAAGCUAUCAUAGAAAAGUUUGUCAAAGAUCAACAUGAACUAAUGAAGACAGUCGUCUCAGAUGUUCAAGAAUUAAAGUCUCAAAUGAUGACGUUAAAACGAAAUUGAAGACUGGCAGUAACCUUUCAGAAAUAAUAAAUUUUACUCAUAUAACGUUUGCAGGACUAGUAUAGUAAAUAAUGUAUUCUGUAACACUUUGUUGAAGAACUCGAAAAUCUGCAAUGCACUCGAAAGUUUCAUUGGUGAAAAGCGUUUGGAUAAGCUUAAUUAUAAUCAUAAACUGGAUUUGAGGAAUUUGAUAUUUCAUUUAGAUACAAGUUGAAAAGAAACAUUUGUUCAAAGAUCCCUUAGCCAACAAAAGGAAAGUGGGGAGAAGAGCCUGCAGUAGGAGAGGUGACAGUGGGUGAUGAUAUCGAGAGAAUUAGGUCAAUACGAAAUAAAUUGACUGUACACGUGAGCUCAACCUCCACCUCUCAGACAGAACCCAAUAACAAAGUGGUCGACAAUGUCAGAUAUCUGCCAAAGAUUGGAAACCUUCACUGGGAAGAAAUACUUGGAUAACUUUAAUAGCAUAUAUAAACUGACCUUAAAAGAUGAUGAUGCUAUUUCAGCUAUUUUAGAAAAAGUUAACUAGGAAAAACCUGAAUUGUUGAAGAAAGUCAUGUUAAAUAUGCAAAACUUAAUGUCAUAUAUGCAAGAAGUUAAGUUUAAUUUGAAAAAUAAAAAGCAAAAUUGA